AUGCAAAAGGACGAUGAAGUAGGAAAAGUGGCUCAAGCGACUCCGAUCGUCAUAUCCAAGGCGCUCGAAUUGUUCAUGGCCGACCUGGUUCAGGAAGGAAGCAACAUUACUAUUCAGCGUGGCGCAAAACGGCUCGAGGCAUACCACCUGAAGCAUGCUAUCGAGACCAUCGAUACGUUUGAUUUCUUGCGUGAAAUCGUAGCACCUGUGCCGGACCCUACCAAUGGUGGACAGAUCCCCGAAGAUGGUGGUAGUGAUGAUGGUGCAGCACCACGAAAGCGUCGCGCACGUAGGACUAAAGCCGAGAUGGAGGCUGAUGCCGAGAGGGGUUGA